AUGGAGCACCGGGGGCCGGACCCCCGACCAGUGCGGCCGGCUGACCGGUCAGCCCGCGUCCCGCACCGGAGGACCAAGCGGGAGCGGAACCAGGCCAGGGCCAGCAGAGGCCCCAGUGCCGCAGGCCCCCGGGCCCCCCGGGCUCGGCCUCGGUGCUUGCUGGCCCACAGGGACCUGGCCCCGGGCCCCCCCGCGCCCCAGCCUGUGGUCAUCACCCAGGGCCGGCUGAGCCGGGCGCACCGGGGCCUCCUGAGCAGCGAGGUGAAGUCCCUGAAUGUGGCCCGGCUGCUGAGUGGCCUGGCUGAGGAGGCGAGCAGCCCCCCACCCCAGGAGGCCCCAGACAUUGGAGCAGCAACAGCACCACCCUCACACCCCACCUGGGGAGAGGAGCCCAGCCCGCCGCCGCCCAAGGACAAAGAGAACGAAGCUCCGGGAAGGCCCAGCCCAGGACCCCCCAGCCCUCGAACACUGCUGGAGGGGCUUCAGGCUCAACUGCAUCUUCCUGGGGCCUUCCCCAGGCGCAAUCUCGUGCAGGAGGCCCGAGCAGAGAUAAUCGGGGCCUUGCUGGCCCACCAUGGGGAGCUGCCUGACCUCAGCCAGGUCCUCAGCGGCCUCAGGAAACAGGGAACAGUGCCAGAGCCCGGAAGCCCACAGGAGUGGAGGAUGGGGCCCCGGGGUCGAGGCCACCCUGAUCAGCACGCCCCGGUGGAGAGCAGCAGGAGGAAGAAGGGGAAAAGGGAACUUGUGUUUACCUUGGGGGCCACCCCCAGCCCACCUUCCACUGAGACGAGUCUGGUGCUGCCCCCGGACCCAUGGGUGCCCUCACCCUCACCUCCACCCCCACCCCUUAGACCUGAGCAUGGAGAGAUGACUUGGGGCCCCCAGACAUCAUUUGAUGUCCUGAAGAGCAUCUGGCUGCCUGCUACCCCACCGACAUGUGCCCCACCUUGGCAGUGGGGAGCUGGGGGGGCUCCCCAUCCACCUGCAUGUUUCCCCAACUCACAGUCCCUGGACUGGAGCCCUAGUCCCCCAGCCCCAAUGCCUGGACUGCCCUGGUUUGUGUCCAGGAGCAGCCCAGAGCCCUGGACCUUCCCCCGCAUGCGGCUCUAUUGAGGGUGGAAGGCCUCCCCCAACGUGCCCCUCCAUAAAGGAACUUGUU